AUGCACUAUAUCCGCUUCCUGAAGACUCCGCGGCUGGUCACGCCUGCUGGCGGACCACCAAGUGUGCAGGCCCGUAUAACCAUCACCAAUGAUCUUGGAGACGACUUCCUCGCUUCAGACCUCGACAUUCUCGUUGUUCUUGAAGAUGCGAGUGGAAACAGCAUCUCGGACGGCAGUCGACCGCCGAGACCCGUCGGCGGGCGAUACCUCUGGAACGUGAGCUACGCACACUCAGGCUUAUCAGUCGAAGUCCAUGUUCCAAGGACGGCGAAGAACAUAGAGAUAGGGAGCUUGAAGAUGUACAUUGGUGCAGCUCAAGACUCGGAUGUUCCCGAUAUGAUACCAGUACGCAACUGGCAGGAUAUACUCGCCCAAGACAAGGGAGGUGUGGUUGGAGCCAGGGCAGUGGUCGGAGAGACUGGCUUGUGUGAACGAAUCUUCACCCAGGAGGGAGGCCCGGAACUGCACAUCUGGGAGGAGACCGGCAACUCUAUUGCCCGGCACAUUUGGGAUGCGGGCCUGGUACUUUCCGCCUACCUCACAGCCAUCUACGCAAGAGGGCCCAUCGCAACACCUUCAGCCGCCGCCAUGCCGCCGCUCCCAUCUCUCGCAGCAGCAACACUCCCCCAGCCCAACCUGCACGUCCUCGAACUCGGCGCCGGCUGUGGAAUCGUCGGCAUCACGCUCUCCCGCCUCGCACUCCCCAACGUCUCCAAGAUCGUGCUCACAGACCUCCCCGACGCCACCGACAUCCUCACCACGAACCUCUCGCCGCGCGCCCUCGCGGCCCAGCCGGCGCUCCCAACGCCCACGCGCUGCGUCCUCGACUGGACCGCGCCCCUGCCCCGCGACAUCGCAGCGACGGCCUGGGAUCUCAUCCUCGUGGCGGACUGCACCUACAAUCCCGACUUCAUCCCGGACCUGGUCGCCACGUUCGGGAGACUGGCGGCGACGAGGAACGACGGCCGGGUGACGACGGUCUUGCUGGCGAUGAAGGAUCGGCACCGAUCCGAGGGGGUCUUCUUCACGGAGAUGGCGGGGGCCGGCUGGGAGGAGAGGGAGAGGGCGGUGGUGCGGGUGUCUGUGCUGGGGGGUGACGGGGAGGAGAUACGGAUUUUCGUCUACCAGCGGGCGGAAGAUGUAGGAUGUGUAGAACCUGCUCUGAGCUAA